GCCGUUUUAAGAAGGAAAGGACCGUUAACAAAAAAUAAAUAAGGAUAGAAUGUCCAAAGUUAGGAUUCAAAAGUGUCUGGUGGCGCUGUGUUCCCUAGGAUUACGCAUUCCCUUGAGGUUGAGGUUAGCGCGAAACUCUGAAGGUUCAAAAAUGGGUGAAAGUGGAGGCACAGGAGGAGCAUUUGUCUUGUCUGAGAGAGCAACCCAUCCAAACCCCGGUGAUCUGCCUCCGAUUGUCCUUGUCCCCGUUCGCUGUGAAACCCCGCUCUCUGACCCACCCGCGGAAUCCGUUCACCCCGGAAUCCGCCAUGGAAGAUGUAUAGCAUAAUAUCGACGCCGGCGUCUAAGUUCCGCCAGUUCAGGCGACUCCGAUCCCGACCGAAGACAACAACAGCGACAGAGGAGGAGCACGCGUUUCAAAUCCUAUGGCGGCACCAGAUACUGGACCCCGACAGCGACAUCGUGGCGUAUUGGAACAAGGUGUUUCUCGUGACAAGCCUCCUCGCCCUCUUCGUCGACCCUCUCUACUUCUUCCUCCCCACAGUGGGUGGCCCCGCCUGCUUGCAGGCCGACCCCAAACUCAGCAUCAUCGUCACCAUCAUCCGCUCCUUCGCUGACCUCUUCUACGUCCUCCACAUGCUCAUGAAGUUCCGUACCGCCUUCGUCGCCCCCAACUCUAGAAUCUUCGGCCGCGGUGACCUCGUCAUGGACUCCCGCGAAAUCGCCACGCGUUACCUCAGAUCCGAUUUUGUCAUUGACCUCGCCGCCACCAUCCCUCUCCCCCAGAUUGUGAUUUGGUUGGUGAUUCCAGCAAGCAGAAACGCAAGAACUGAUCAUGCCAACAAUACUCUUGCUCUUUUUGUUCUUAUUCAAUAUGUUCCUAGGUUGUUUCUUAUCUUUCAUUUGAACCAGCGUAUUCAGAAAACCACUGGCGUUAUUGCCAAGACUCCCUGGAUUGGAGCCGCAUACAAUCUUAUUCUCUACAUGCUAGCCAGCCAUGUUACAGGAGCGACUUGGUAUCUAUCGUCAAUAGGGAGGCAGUUUAAUUGCUGGAAAACGCAGUGCCAAAUAGAGAACAAAUCACAUACCCUCUCUUGCUUUUCAAGUUAUCUUGAUUGUAAUAGUUUGAACGCCCCUGAUAGGCAAUACUGGCUAAACAUCACCCGUGUAAUCACCAAAUGUGACGCGAAGAGUAAAAUCAACGUCAAAUAUAAAUUUGGGAUGUUCGCAGAGGCUUUCCUGAACGAUGUUGUCAUUUCCAGUUUUAAGGAAAGAUACUUCUACUGUCUUUGGUGGGGUUUGAGAAAUCUAAGUUCAUAUGGACAGAACUUGGAUACCACCACAUAUCUUCCGGAGACAUUAUUUUGCAUCAUCUUAUGCAUUGCUGGACUGGUUUUCUUUUCGCUUUUGAUUGGAAACAUGGAGACGUACUUGUCAUCAAUGACAGUUAGACUUGAAGAAUGGAGGAUUCGGAAAAGAGAUACCGAGGAGUGGAUGAGGCAUCGCCAGUUACCACCACAUUUGCAGGAACGUGUCCGUCGUUUUGUUCAAUAUAAAUGGCUUGCAACAAGAGGAGUUGAUGAAGAAGCCAUAAUGCUUUCGUUACCUUUGGAUCUUCGUCGGGAAAUUCAACAUCACUUGUGUCUUUCUCUUGUGCGGCGUGUAUGUGUCUCUGUCCCAUUCCCUGAUGUGAUGCUGCAAAUACAUAGGAAUGCAAUACUAAGUGAAAAACAUGGUUUAUUAAUAUUUGUACAGGUCCCAUUUUUCUCCCAAAUGGACGAUCAACUUCUUGAUGCAAUUUGUGAACGUCUUUCGUCAUCACUAAGCACUGAAGGCACCUACAUAUUCCGAGAGGGUGAUCCGGUGGAUGAAAUGUUGUUUAUCAUCAGAGGGCAAUUGGAGAGUUCGACGACCAACGGAGGAAGGUCUGGAUUCUUCAAUUGCAUAAAACUCAGGCCUGGUGACUUUUGCGGAGAGGAAUUGCUGACAUGGGCCUUAAUGCCAAACUCAACCCUCAACCUACCUUCUUCUACUCGAACUGUGAAAGCUCUUUCUGAAGUUGAAGCUUUUUCACUGCAAGCAGAGGAUCUUAAAUUUGUGGCAAGUCAGUUCAAGCGCCUUCACAGCAAGAAACUUCAGCAUGCGUUUAGGUAUUAUUCCCAUCAAUGGAGAACAUGGGGUUCUUGCUUCAUACAAGCUGCUUGGAGACGAUAUCAGAAAAGAAAGGCAACAAGGGAGUUAUCCCUGAAAGAGGGUCUCUACUACCUGUCUUUGCCUGAGACGGAAGAAAGUGAAUAUUUGGAGGAUGAUGAAACCGUGGAAUCCUCAGGGAAAACGAAAAAGAUUCAGAAUCUUGGUGCAACUGUCUUGGCAUCAAAGUUUGCUGCCAAUACAAGGAAAGGGGCACAUAAGCUACCAGAUCCUGUGCCCCAGUUGUUCAAGCCAGACGAACCUGAUUUUUCUUUAGACCAUGAACUUUAGUGGUGUGAGCACAAGAACCAAUCGUCAGCCUAAAAACGUAUUAAGGCACUGGUUCUAUAGGAAGUUUUUAUGACUUGGAUGUAAAUGGUACCGAUAGAAUAGUAACGCUGAUCACUUUUUUCUUAACUCUUUCUUUAUUUGCAUUCAUUUGCACCAACUGUAUCAUAUACGGGGCUACCCAUGACAUUUAGAAGCUUUCUUGAUCACUUCAA